CAUAGGGCUACCCCACUGAAACAUAGCGGGCACAGCUGCAUCCUUGACUUCCAUUGAACCUCACUUUCCUGCGCGUCACCUCACAUCAUAAAUCAGCCUCAUUUUCUCACCACACGACGACAUUGAGACCUUACCUCCAUAAUCCAAAAUGACGCGCUUCCGCCCCUGCAUCGACCUCCACGCUGGCCAAGUCAAGCAAAUCGUCGGUGGCACGCUCGACAGCGCCACCUCGGAGCUCAAGACCAACUUUGUUUCUCCCCACCCGCCCGCCUAUUUCGCGAAGCUGUACCGCGACAAUGAGUUGACGGGUGCGCAUGUCAUCAUGUUGGGCCCCGGAAAUAAAGAAGCGGCGCUGGAGUCCCUGAAGGCGUGGCCGGGGGGGUUGCAGGUGGGAGGGGGGAUUACGGAUGUGAAUGCGAGGGAGUGGGUGGAGGCGGGGGCUGAGAAGGUCAUCAUCACCUCCUACCUCUUCCCCAACGGCAAAUUCUCCCAAUCCCACCUCGACGCCGUCCUCGCCGCCCUCGACGGUGACAAGUCCAAGCUGGUCAUCGACCUGAGCUGUCGCCGCCAGGGAGACGACAGGUGGUUCGUCGCCAUGAACAAGUGGCAGACUAUUACCGACAUGGAAGUGAGCGAGGAAUCCAUCAAAACCCUGGAACCCUACUGCUCCGAAUUUCUCAUCCACGCCGCCGACAACGAAGGGUUGCAAAAGGGCAUCGACGAGAAGCUUGUUCAGAAGCUGUCCGAGUGGUGUUCCAUUCCUGUGACUUAUGCCGGUGGCGGUCGGAACCUUGAGGAUUUGGAGACGGUCAAGAGACUCAGUGGUGGCAGGGUUGACCUGACUAUUGGCAGCGCGCUGGAUUGCUUUGGUGGGAAGGGUGUUACGUUGCAGGAAUGCGUGGAGUGGAAUCGGAGCCAAUGAAUGGGUCGUGGGAUGAGGUGAUGUUUGGGAAGGGGAAAUCACGAGAGGGUGUGUGCUGUGUAUAUAGAGGUGGGCAUAUACCCUUGAGUGUAUUCUGGUCCAAACACAACCUGACGUGACGGGGUUUGCACAAAACACUGAGACGAAUACGCUCAACACAACCGACCAAUGUUAAUGAAACAAAUGUAUAGCAGGUAUGCAAGUUGAACCUACUCUGAUAGCUAUAAUUCAGUCUAUGCGCAAACAACUCA